AUGAUUAAAGCACCAGUUCUACAGUCUCUAUUGGCUUCUAGAGACGAUGUAAUUCAUAACCCAGAAUUCAACAACUUCAGAGCAACAGAGCAAGAAUGUUUAUACCUCUUGAAGAGAUGCAAGAACAUAGAAGAGUUCAAGCAAGUACACGCCAGAUUCAUCAAGCUCAGUUUGUUCUGCUCAUCUCCGUUCUCAGCGAGCAGCGUUCUCUCAACCUGCGCUCACUCGGGAUGGGACACCAGUAUGCAUUACGCAGCGUCGAUUUUCAGAGUAAUCGAUGAUCCUUGCACCUUUGAUUACAACACAAUGAUCAGAGGGUAUGUGAACGAAACGAGUUUCGAGGAAGCAUUGCGUCUUUACAUAGAGAUGGUAGAGAAAGGGAUUGAUCCGGAUAAUUUCACGUACCCGUGUCUUCUCAAGGCUUGCACUCGUUUGAAAUCGAUUCGAGAAGGGAAGCAGAUUCAUGGGCACGUGUUUAAGCUUGGCCUUGAAGCUGAUGUGUUUGUUCAGAACAGUUUGAUUAGUAUGUAUGGAAGAUGUGGAGAGAUGGCACUUUCUUCUGCUGUGUUUGAGAAGGUGGAGUCUAAAACAGCUGCGUCGUGGAGCUCAAUGGUCUCAUCUUGUGCUAGAGUUGGAAUGUGGAGCGAAUGCUUGAACCUAUUCCGUGAAAUGUGCAGAGAAACGAAUUUCAAGGCUGAAGAAAGUGGAAUGGUUAGUGCUCUCUCAGCUUGUGCCAACACCGGUGCACUUAAUCUGGGGAUGAGCAUUCAUGGCUUCCUGCUGAGAAACAUAAGCAAACUCAAUAUAGCAGUCCAAACUUCACUUGUAGAUAUGUACGCUAAAUGCGGGUGCUUAGAGAAGGCGUUGGAGAUUUUCAAGAAGAUGGAAACAAGGAAUAAUCUGACUUACAGUGCGAUGAUCUCAGGACUCGCCUUGCACGGAGAAGGAGAAGCAGCUUUGAGGAUGUUCUCUGAGAUGAUUGAAGAAGGUUUGGAAUCAGAUCAUGUUGUGUAUGUCAGUGUUCUCAAUGCAUGUAGCCAAUCUGGUCUUGUGAUAGAAGGACGUCGAGUCUUUGAGGAGAUGCUAAAGGAAGGUAAGGUGGAGCCAACGGCUGAGCAUUAUGGCUGCCUUGUGGAUCUUCUGGGAAGAGCUGGAUUGCUCGAGGAAGCGUUGGAAACUAUCGAAAGCAUGCCAAUUAAGCAAAACGAUGUUGUCUGGAGAAGCUUAUUAAGCUCAUGCAGAGUUCAUGGUAACGUUGAAUUAGGCAAGAUCGCAGCUCGAGAACUGCUUAAGCUAAGCUCACAAAACCCAGGUGACUAUUUGGUGAUCUCUAACAUGUAUGCACAAGCUCAAAUGUGGGAAGAUGUAGCCAAAGCCCGAACGGAAAUGGCUAACAAGGGUUUAAAGCAAACCCCGGGUUUCAGCAUGGUCGAGGUAAAAGGUAAAACCCACAGGUUUGUUUCACAAGAUCGAUUUCACCCACAACGCAAAGAAAUCUACAAGAUGCUACACCAGAUGGAAUGGCAGCUAAAAUUCGAAGGAUAUUCACCAGACGUGACACAGAUAUUGGUAAACGUAGAUGAAGAAGAGAAAAGAGAGAGGCUAAAAGGACACAGCCAAAAGGUGGCUCUUGCCUUUGCACUACUGUAUACACCUCCAGGGUCUAUCAUUAGAAUAGCUAGAAACCUGAGGAUGUGUAGUGACUGUCACACAUAUACAAAGAAAAUCUCUAUGAUCUACGAAAGAGAGAUUGUUGUAAGAGAUAGGAACAGGUUUCACCUGUUUAAAGGUGGAACUUGUUCUUGUAAAGAUUAUUGGUAA